AUGUUUCCGGCUCUAUCUUUCUGCUACUUAAAAGCCAAUUUAGGUAUGGCCGGUAAACCUUGGCGAUUAAAACCGGCAUUAUAUACGACAAGCCUCGUUUAUAUAGCUAUUCAAGUUGCUUUCUUAUCAUUUUUAUGCAGUUAUUAUGGUUAUGGUCUAUCGAAUUUAACACGAUGGACCAUCGAUCGAUUGGAAGAGUACGAAUAUACUCGAGGAAAAUUAGCGUGGCUUGGAGACGCUUGGAAGGGUGCCAGAAGCAGUAUGAAAGUACAAAAACGCAAAGCAACCCAAGAUGACAUUAAGAUUGUUGAUCCUGAAAUCAAACUUGAUGAGGAGAUGCAAAUACUGAGCGCUGAACAGCUUUCGUUUUUUGAUGGUAGUCGACCAUCACGGCCUGUCUACCUUGCAAUCCUUGGUCGCAUAUACAAUGUGGACAAAGGAAAGAAACAUUAUGGGAAAGGAGGCGGAUAUCAUUUCUUUGCCGGACGUGAUGCCACGAGAGCGUUUGUAAGCGGUGAUUUCACGGAAAGCGGAUUAGUCGAUACCACAGAUGGUCUUUCUCAUGAAGAUUUGUUAGGAAUCCGUGAUUGGAUAUCAUUCUAUGAAAAAGAUUAUAAAUUGGUUGGUGUUCUUAUUGGUAGAUAUUACGAUGCUAAUGGAAAUCCAACACAGGAGUUGCGGGAUGUAAUAGCCCGUAUGCAAACCGCAGCUGAAUGGAGAGCUUCCAGAGCAGCGGAGACAGAGGUUUUCCCGCCAUGUAACAGCGAAUGGCAUCAGAAUAGUGGUGGUCGUGUGUGGUGCUCAAUGAAAAGUGGUGGUAUACAGCGAGAUUGGGCAGGAGUACCAAGAGAGCUCUACGAUCCAAACACAAAACAAAAACGAUGUGCCUGUGUAAAGAAUUUUGGUGUAGGAUUAUCACCUGCUGGAGCCAAAGGAAAUCGAGGUGAUCUUGAUCACCCGAACCUAAGGCAAUAUCCGAAAUGCUCUCCGACAGCGAACAGUUGCAGAAUUGAAAAUGAUUGA